AUGUGUCACGAAAUAAUUAACUUAGAACAAAUCAAAUCCGAUAAACCUCAUGAAGGUAGUCAAAUUACUAUCAUAGAAAUAUCACCGAAUGCAAAUUACAUUGUAACUUAUAGUGAAAAAGAUAAAACAAUUGUCGGGUGGAAUAUUGAAGAUGAAGAGGGUAAACUUAAAUCUGAUUGUACCUUUAAUUCCGAUAAAAUUUUUCGCGUUAAAAAAACUGAGGAAUUCGAUGAGGAAGAUAAAAAAAAAUUUUUUCACAUGUGUGUCUCUGAUAAGAAGAAACUAGUACUCAGUUAUGUUGAAUAUGGUUCACAUAUUGAAGGGAAUGUGCAUGAUUACUUGAGGUUAAUUGAUAUGAAGAAUCAAAAUCGAGAAAUGGAGUUAUAUUUUAAAUUUGGAAUUGAUCGAUUUUACUGUAACUUUAAUUCAAAAGAGGAAUUUAUUUUAUUUAGUAUACAUGAAAAUACAUUAGAUGACCCUUUUUUUGAUAAAUCGGUCAGCCUUUUGAAUAAUCAAAAGUAUUCUACUAGUAUUAUUUGGAUUCAUUCAACACAAACAGCAAGAUGGAAGUGUAAAAAGAUUUAUGAGGUACCUCAAGGAGCGGAGUUGAUAGGCCUAUCAAAACAUGAUAGGAUUCAAUUUCGUUUAAAUAACAAUAUAUAUGAACGGAGCAUUAUUGAUGAUAAAAUUUUGUCAAAAAUAUCAAAAAGUUUACAGAUUAAAACGAAAGACAUCAAAAUGUCUAGUAAAGAAGGAUUCAUUUAUCUGAAAAUAAAUGAUGAAAUUACAGUUUAUUCAACUGAACCAGUGACACCUAUUAUGUCGUUUGAUUUAAAAGUUGAAAAUCAUGACGGAUAUGUAUGGAAAAUUAAAUUUGACGAACUUGAAUUCGAUGAGAUAAAAUUAGAUAUAAAUCACAAUUUAUUAAAGGAAUUCGAAGCCGAUGAAGUCACAGAAAGUUGGAAUGCUUAUUUCGGAAUAGAAAAGGACAACAGUGAAUACGAGAAUCCAUUCAUAUCAUUUGAGAAUAAUAAUAUAUCAAAUUUAUUACUAGAUGUAACUUAUGAAUAUGAAUCAAAGGGUAUUAAACUGAAAACUUAUACUAAUAAUGAAAUGAUUGGAUUUAUUGGAUUACGUGUAUUUAGAAAUGAAAAGAUAAUCGAAAAAUUUGAAAAAACCAAAUAUAAUAAGGUGAUAAAUAUAUAUGAAGCAAAGAUAUUUAAUAGUAAAGAGAUUAUUAUAUUGACGAAUGUUGGCAUUUUUAUUUUCCAUUUAAAAGAUGAUGAUUUGAUUUUAAAUUAUUUUCUCUUUUGUUUGAAUGAAGUACGUCGGCUCGCAUACUAUAUUGAUGAAUCUUUUUGGGUUUCACUUGGAGAAAACGAUAGAUACAAAUUUUUGAAAUAUGGUGUAAAACUAAUAACUGCAAUUAAGAAACGUGAUAUAGAAUCAGUUGAUAAUAUUUAUAAGAAAUGCAUAGAUUGUUUUAAACGAGAUUUAGCAAAUAAUAAAGCGUUUUUAAGCAUUAUCACAUAUUCGAUGUCAUUAUUGAACCAAUACUAUCCUGAAUAUAUCAUAAAAUAUUUAUGUGAUACAGACAUGAUAAUAGAUUCUCUUGAUUAUGACAUAGGACGGCUGAAUUCCUCACACCUUUAUCCCUAUGAAGGUUUUAAAUUAGUUAAUUUAACACGAUCUAUUCCAUUGUAUUGUUCUUCAAAACCUACAAUUACCUUUAUGCUACCUUAUUACAAAUUUGUUAAUUAUCCAGAAAAAUAUAAUAUGUUGAAUGAAUUUAUUCAACCUCAACAUAGUCCAUUCACGAUAACAAGGACUAAUAAUUAUACAAAAAAUGAGGAUCAAAAUAAUCCUUGGAACAUUGCUUCUUCUUAUAAUCAAAUACUUGAAGAUGAUUCAAUUAGUACAAAUCCAUUUAUUAUUCAAAAACCUUACGAAAAUACAAAUAUGUUUGCUGAUUUCAGAACUGCACUUUUUGCAAUAUUUUUAACCUUAUCAGGUGAUCUAAGCACUUUGGGGAAUUGGUCACAUAAAGAGAAUUCAUACUUUGUUAUUUUAUUGACUUUAUUCGUUUCCAUUGUCGUCAUAUAUCUUUUGAAUUUACUUCUCGGGUUGCUUAAUAAAGCAAUUGAUGAAGAUAAUAAUAGAAUUUCAUACUUGAUGCAUAAAGCGGAAGUUUUUAUUUAG